AUGGAGAAGUUCAAGACGCUCACCGCUAUACAGAUGACAGAGGCCAACACAGAAUAUGCUGAGAAAUUGCAGGCGGGUGAGGCCGACAUCGCCGCGAUGGCAGCGGUGUGUCUGCACUACUGGCAGGAGAAGCCGGAGCAGUGGCCCGCCUUGGUGGCAGCGUACCGGCACGGGAGCGAGCCCGGCCUGGAGAGGCACCAGGCAUGGAGCUGGCUGAAGGGCAAUGCGGACGUCGACAAAAUCCGCCAAUGCUUCGCCCAGGCGCGGAACACGGUAUGGGCCAGAAAAAUGGCAUGGGCCGCACUGAGGGUUGUCAACCCCACGAUCAUCCCGAGCCGCAACAAAAUCAGGUUGUUCGAUCUUUUAAGCAAGGUCAGCUUAGCCAAAGCCAUCGCGACGAACAUGAAGGAACCCUUUAAGGUGGUGGAGUGCAGGCUCAAGGCGGCGAGGAUGCAGGCAGUCCUGAGGAAGGCGCCGAAAGCUGCAGACUUUCCGGAUUUCGACAAGCAAACGGCGGAAUGGAUUUCUGGUAUUCUCACAUGGGCACAAGAUGCGCAAGAUCCAGUUAUUCUCACAGGCCACCUUAGACCCCCGGAGAGCUACCCGAACCCUAUGGCCAUCCCGAAAUGGGUGGAAGCCAGGAAGAAGGGAACCGAUCCGGUGCUGACGGCAGCCUUAGAGGCCAAGCUGGCAGUCAAGACGGCGUCCGAGUUCGCAAGACAGGCGGAGCAGCAGGCAGAGGAGGCAGAGAGAGCGAAGGACAAGGCGACGAGACAGGCCGCCGCCAUGGCCGCCGGAGAACGAGCCACGAUGGCCGAGGCAGCGGCAGAGCUGUCACGGAAGGUCGCGGAGCUUACUCGUGAGUCGAGGGGCAAGGAAAUCGAAAAUGCGGAAAAGUACGCAGCCGACGCCAGCGCGAGCGCGGCCCAGGCCAGAGCACACGCGACGAGAGCGGAGAACUCCGUCAAACCUACAGAGCGGGUGCUCAACGGUGUCACCUACGCGGCGGAGCUCGCAUCGUGCGUGACGAAGCCCAGCAAACUCGACAGCCUCUGGAAGAUCCACCCCAGCAAAUACGCGGGCAUCAUCGACUGCCUCGACAAACACGAGGACAUGCUGAACGACCUUACCACCUGGGCGACGACAGUCUGGAGGGCUGUGAGUGCCCCAAAGUCCGUGAAAGAGAUGGAUGACAUGCUUCGUGAGCUCGAGAUGGCAGCGGGUCACGCCAGAGCAGAGAAGCACGGGGCCUCAUGGGAGAUGGAGUUUCUCAGGAACAAGCUCACGGGCGACACCCGUGUGUCAGACGCAAUGCUUGCGGUGUACCAGUGCGUCGUGGUGAACCUGAUGCCCAUCGUCCUGGCGGUGCGACUGGGAUGCGCCAGCGGAGCAGACCAGGUCGCAGGAAAUCUGCCCUGGGACGACAUCCUCGGUCGAGACUGGAAGCAGUACGUCAAGACAAAGUUCUAUAUGGAUCAGGUCCAACUAAACAGCCGCCAGAUAUAUGUGCAGUAUAUCGAGGAGGGACUGCAUCUGGUGAAGCACAAGGAGUGCGAGAAGAGACCGAGGGAGAUGACUCCUCUGGAGCGCGCAAUCGAGAAAAGCCUGGAGGAGUCCAGGAUGGUGGCAAGAAAACUCGCGAUGGAGAUCGAGUUGCAGACGAUGAAGCAGAACAAAACACAAGGAGCGGACCAAAAAGUCAAACGAGAGGACGACUGA